GAGAGAUCCGGCCAGCCAACAGACGUAACUGGGACCAGCAAACAACCGCCAAAAUGUCGAACCCCCGCGUUGAAGAGCUUCCCGAUGAGGAGCCCAAGAAGACCGUUGUCGAGGAGCACGAUGACAGCAGCGACGACUCCGAGGCUGAGGAGGUCGGCGAGGGCCAGCUGCCCGCCGGCUCUACUGCCGUGAUCCAUAACCGCAACGAGAAGAAGGCUCGCAAGGCCCUCGAGAAGCUGCACCUUACCCGCAUCCCUGGCAUCACCCGUGUCACCCUCCGCCGCCCCAAGAACAUCCUCUUCGUUAUCAACAACCCCGAAGUCUACAAGUCUCCUAACAGCAACACUUACAUUGUCUUCGGUGAGGCCAAGAUCGAGGAUGUCAACGCCGCCGCCCAACAAGCCGCUGCCCAGCAGCUUGCCAGCGCCAACGCCGAGGCUGACCACGCCGGUCACAACCACGGCGAGUCCAGCAAGGCUGUCGAGUCCGCCGAGGCCAAGAAGGAGGACAACGAUGAUGACUCUGAUGAAGAGGAGGAUGACGAUGAGGAGGUUGAUGCCACAGGCCUGGAGGAUAAGGACAUUGAGCUUGUCAUGACCCAAGCCAGUGUCAGCCGCAACAAGGCAAUCAAGGCAUUGAAGGAAAACGACAAUGAUAUCGUCAACUCCAUCAUGGCUCUAAGUAUCUAGGGCUAACUGGCUGGCUGAACUGGAUCUUCCACAAAAGCUCGAGCACGGGACACACACUGGGCUCUGUAUUAGUUCUGGGUGAAUUGUACCCCGCGAAAAGGAUUUGAUGCCAAACAAAGGAAUCAAUUGAAGAGGAAUCACUGCCUCAAUCCAUCAAG